AUGAAAGAGGUUUCCGAUGAGGGGACGAGUGAGGCGGAGGGAGGUGCACACAACUCCCUUCCACAGCCUUCUCCACCCUGUUCCUUACAUCCAUUAUCCGUCGGAGAUCCAUUUCCCAUCUACACGAUGAGCUGGUGGUGGGCCGGAGCAAUUGGAGCUGCAAAGAAAAAGCUCGAUGAGGACGACGCUCCACCCAAAUACCAGAGCGUUGCCCUAAUCCUCGGAGUCACCGGAAUCGUCGGCAACAGCCUCGCCGAAAUUCUUCCACUCUCCGACACACCUGGCGGUCCUUGGAAAGUCUAUGGGGUCGCCCGUCGCUCUCGCCCCCAAUGGAACGCCGACCACCCUAUCGAGUAUAUCCAGUGCGAUAUCUCCGAUCCGGAAGAAACCCUCACUAAACUCGGUGGGCUCCAAGACGUUACUCAUGUCUUCUAUGUCACUUGGGCAAAUCGAUCCACCGAAUCUGAGAAUUGCGAGAUCAACGGAAAAAUGCUCAAAAACGUCCUGGAUGCAGUGAUCCCGAAUUCCCCCAAUUUACAGCACGUAUCUUUGCAAACUGGUCGGAAACAUUACAUAGGUCCUUUUGAAUUGUACGGAAAAGUCGCUCAUGAUCCCCCUUUUCACGAAGAUCUACCUCGCCUUGAUGCCCCGAAUUUCUACUAUACCCAAGAGGACAUUCUAUUCAAAGCUGUGGAACAGAAGGAAGGAUUAACCUGGUCAGUUCAUCGACCUGGAACUAUAUUCGGUUUUUCGCCUUAUAGCAUGAUGAACAUAAUCGGUACUUUAUGCGUAUACGCUACAAUCUGUAAACACGAAGGGGUUCCAUUGAAAUUCCCAGGGACUAAGGAAGCUUGGGAUCAUUACUCCGAUGUUUCAGACGCCGAUUUGAUAGCUGAGCAACACAUAUGGGCAGCAGUCGAACCUUACGCAAAGAAUGAAGCUUUUAACAUCAGCAAUGGAGAUGUGUUCAAGUGGAAGCACUUUUGGAAGGUGUUAGCGGAGCAAUUUGAGGUUGAAAAUGGAGGGUUUGAUGAAGGUGGUGAGAAGAUGAGCUUGGUGGAGAUGAUGAAGGAUAAAGGAGAAGUCUGGGAUGAGAUUGUGAGAGCGAAGGGAUUGCAGGUUACGAAAUUGGAGGAGGUUGGUGUAUGGUGGUUUGUGGAUGUGAUUCUUGGAGGUGCGUGUAUGUUGGACACCAUGAACAAGAGCAAAGAACAUGGGUUUUUAGGGUUUAGGAAUUCCAAAUCUUCUUUUGUUUCUUGGAUUGAUAAGAUGAAAGGUUACAAGAUUGUUCCUUGAUUUUGAAGUUUGAUGAUGAUUUCAUGUUUUGGGUAUUUUAUGAAUGAUAUGAUGUAUUUGUAAGAAGAAAUGAAUAAAAGUGUUUGAUUAUUGGAGUU